ACGAACAGCACGAGGAUCAUGAGGGGUUCGAUGUCAGAUGUUGUUGUUCCUCUGCUGUAAAUCACACACAAACUGACGCAGACUCACACAGAAUGAUCGCGGCGCGCUGUUUCGCGUCUCACCGGACGCUGCUGCGGGCCGGAACUUUGUGUUUUCAUCGGUGUUUACAGCGGAAGGUCACGAAUGUGUUCAGUAACAACACAACAGACUCACAGAAACUCUCAGUAAGAGCUCAGAACUACACAACCACAGCUGGAGAAAUCAGCACAACACCUGCUCAACAUCCUCAGAUCAGACACGAACCAGGUUCAGGUGACGUUCAGGAGUUUGACGUUGGUCUGUUGGUGUCGGUGCUGAAGCAGGAAAACGCCACCGACAUCUGUGUGAUCAGAGUCCCGCCGGAGCUCAAAUACACCGAUCACAUGAUCGUCGUGAGCGGAUCCUCCCCUCGACACCUCAGCGCCAUCGCAGAGUUUGUGCUCAAAGUGUUUAAGUUCCUGCGGAAAGAUGAAGAUCCGCACGUUCGGCUGGAGGGGAGAGACUGUGACGACUGGAAGUGCAUCGACUUCGGACCGAUGGUGCUUCACCUCAUGCUGCCGGACACCAGACAGACGUACGAGCUGGAGAAGCUGUGGACGCUGCGCUCGUAUGACGAACAGCUGAAGCAGAUCCCGCCGGAAACACUUCCGUCAGACUUCAUCUACGACAUCAAACACACGUGAACACGCUCAUCUGAGCCACACAAACGGAGGACGACUGUAAAUGCUGUACAAAAAUCAGGUCUCAUAUUUAACAAGUGCAAAUCCUCUGAAAUGUCAUGUUUUGAGCUGCUAAUUUUGAAUAAAAUGAAUUCACAAAUA